AUGUCUGUAACAAUUCUUCUAUACACUGAAGUUGUUGCAACAUUAUGUGCCUAUAUUCCAAUCAAGUAUCUACCACUUGUCUUUGUUGUGGCAACUGCGAUUGCAGCAGUAGCAUUAAUUCUCGGAGUCAGGACAAAGGCAGUGAAAAAAGUGGCUUUGAUCAUAAUGAUGUCAGUAUCUUUGGUAAUUAUAGUCGUUGGAAUAUGCGUCCUAUUUAUUCCUGUUAUAUCUAUUGAAGUCAGACUAGCGGUUGGCGUGAUUAUUACUCUGGCAAUAGCGACUAUAAUAUUCGUCACAGUACAAUUAUUUCGAUUUCACUGGAAUGCUACAACUCUACUGCAGGCGUUCAUAAUUGGUGUUGAAACGUUGUAUCUUUGUGCAGCAGUUGCUUAUUCUGGCAUAGAAAUUGAAGAGAUUUUUUCUUCAAAAUCAACAAAGUCAGAACAGUUAGAUGGAAUUAGAGUUUCUUAUGGAUGACGAAGUGAUGACUCUCUUUUGUUGAAACUUUGUAAAAAUGAACACUUAUCACUGUGAUUAUUAUUGAUUCAGUGUUAUUUAAAGGAACAUUAAUAUUGUUGAUAACAAUAAUUUUCUAGUUAUUAUAUAUGUAUAUAUCUGUAGAAGCUGAUGAAGAAGGAGUUAUCGAAAAGAGUAUUCUUUAUUCACUAGUUUCAGUCUUUUAAAACUUAUAAUGAGCAUGUUUGAUCAUUUAUCAGUACAUGAACACUAAUUCAUCAACAUUCGUCUUAAUUUGACUCAAUCUACAAAGAUUACUUGAGAAGUGUACACCAUUAAUAUGGUUGAUAUAUAUGUUAUCUGUUAAUUUGAUCUGUAUUGAAAACAUAUUUUUAGGGACAGAAGGGAUGUUGACGCAUACGUAAUGUAUGCUGUAAAUAACUCAAGUUCUUAUACCCACAACUCCAUUGUUCCGCUUGAACCAAAAACACAAAUCAAAACAUAAAAUUGUUCAUCCUAAAUACGAAGUUUAUUUGGCAUCAGAACCGUAGUGCAGUGAUGAUGAUUGCAUUGCUUGUAAAAGGGAUAUUGUCGAAUGGCGUCCGUGCCUGACGGUGAAACUACAGCUUGACGAUUAUAUUUAGACGGUGAAGGUAAGCAUUCGAUGUUGAGUGAUGAAUACUGUAAGCUAAUAAUUAUCGCCGAUUGUUUACCGCUAUGCAGUCAACGAAACAAGAUUUCCAGUAGGCUGAGUGAGUUUUCGCUUCGUCCACUCUUUAAGCAGAAUAUAUUCUUGCCUGAUUUCUUUGCUGUUCACAUAUUCUGAUGGUGAAAUGAAUAAAUACCAUAUAUUCAAUGCUUCCAGUAUUAAUCCAAAGCUUUUGAAGUAAACCAAACAUUUCACCUCUUAAAGCGUGAUGGUUACAUCUUAAGUAAAACAGAGUAUUAUAAAUGAAUAAUAAGUCACAUGAUGAUAUGAAAAGAUGUUUGAAAUUCAUUCUAUGAAAUUUUCUAAGUGUUUUCAACACAGGAUAGUAAGCCGUUAAAUAACU